AUGGCGGUAGCUGUUUUAAACAAGCAGCCAAAACCCCAAAAUUUCUUUCCACGCCGAGAAGGAGCUACUGCUGAAGUUUCUUCAUCUUUUGUGAUUCUGUSUCUAUGUACUUUAGUAGUGCUGGUAAUACUGCUUGCAAACUGUGUCUCCUGCUGUAAAGAUCCUGAGAUAGAUUUCAAGGAAUUUGAAGAUAAUUUUGAUGAUGAGAUAGAUUUUACACCUCCAGCAGAAGAUACUCCCUCUGUUCAGUCUCCAGCAGAAGUGUUUACUCUUUCAGUUCCCAAUAUUGCUUUACCAACUCCCUCCCAGUUUCCACAUCUUUCAGAGGGAUCAAAGUGUCAAGUUUCUCGUCAGAGUUUAAACUAUAUCCAAGAAAUCGGAAAUGGCUGGUUUGGAAAGGUUCUGCUUGGAGAGAUCUACACAGGUACUAGUGUAGCAAGGGUAGUAGUGAAGGAGUUGAAGGCAAGUGCGGGUCUGAAGGCACAAGAGCAAUUCUUAAGAAGUGGAGAACCGUAUUAUAUUCUUCAGCAUCCAAAUGUUCUGCAGUGUAUUGGGCAGUGUGUGGAAGCCAUUCCUUAUCUUCUAGUUUUUGAGUUCUGUGACUUGGGUGACCUAAAAACAUAUAUCUGCAAUGAGCAGGAACAUAUUAAAGGAGAAUCACAGAUCAUGCUGCUACAGAGAAUGGCAUGCGAGAUUGCUGCUGGACUUGCUGUAAUGCAUAAGCAUAACUUUGUGCAUAGUGACUUGGCCUUACGGAAUUGCUUUCUUACAUCUGAUUUAAAUGUCAAAGUAGGAGAUUAUGGUAUAGGAUUCAGUAGAUACAAGGAAGAUUAUAUUGAGGCAGAGGAGAAAAAACUUGUCCCUCUCCGAUGGACUGCACCUGAAUUAGUAACAAGCUUUCAAGACAGGCUGCUAUCAGCAGAGCAAAACAAGUACAGUAACAUAUGGUCACUGGGUGUCACGCUAUGGGAGCUGUUUGAAAAUGCUGCUCAGCCUUAUUCAGACUUCUCUGACAGGGAAGUCCUUCUCCAUGUCAUAAAGGAGAAGCAGGUUAAACUCCUCAAGCCACAUCUGGAACAGCCAUACUCUGAUAGAUGGUAUGAAGUUCUGCAAUUCUGUUGGCUACCUCCAGAAAAGCGACCAACAGCAGAAGAAGUGCAUAGACUUUUAACUUACCUUCGCAUGCAAAGCCAAAGGGACUCUGAGAUUGAUUUUGAGCAGCAGUGGAAUGCUCUUAAACCAAAUGCCUCAAAUAGAGAAGUAAAUAAUUCCGCAUUUCCAAUCUUGGAUCAUUUUACAGGAGAUAGACUUGGCCAUGAAAUGGAAGAAGUUCUUACUGUAACUGAAACAAGCCAAGGUCUCAGCUUCGAAUACAUCUGGGAGGCAGCUAAGCAUGAUCAUUUUGACGAGUGUGGUCAUGUGAAUCCUGAUGACGCAAUGACAUACACAAAUAUCUUCUUUCCAGUGGAGGUUUUUGAGAGGUCACUUUCAGAACAAGGGCCAGGAGCACAAGAUGAAAGUGGUCAGGAAACAUCCCUUGCUGUUCCUGGGGUGCUGCCUGUGUUUGAUGCUCACAAGCUUUCUGUUGGAAAUGAUUACUAUAUCCAGUUAGAAGAGAAGGGUAGUGGCUGCAGCAUGAAUUUUGAUAAUCAGUCAGUUGUGCUAACUACAGAACUUGAUCAUCAAGAAGGUCUACAAGACAAAAAUUCUCAUUUCAUGGUUCUCAGGGAUCUUGAUGUUGAAGAAUCCAGCACUGAUGGGGAUUUCUUCCACUAUAAUACAGAUCCUAAAGAGGAAAUUUUGCCUGCUGCUGGUAGUCCAGAAAGUCCUUUCCAGAAUAUCUUUAGUGACAUGGACAGAUCGGAAGAACUGAUGCAUAGAAGUAUAUUCGACUUACCUGAAAUGAAUGAUAUUUCUAAAGACUUUAAGCCAACUGCUUUAAACUCAGACGUAGGCAUUACUAAUAUAGCAAGCCCUUCCGAGAAAGAGCGUUCUAGUUGUGCUUCUGAAAAUGAAACUCUCCUCUUGUGUGAAAAUAACUCUAGCCAAUCUGGCCUGCUAACUUUAGAAGAACUCUCUGAUAACUACUUAUUUCUUCAAGAGAAAAAGUUAUUAACAGGGAUACUGUCUAACAAAACUAGCAGUGAUCUGGGGCAAAAAACAGAAGCUGUUCUAAAAAGUAUAUUAGAAACCUCAAAUAGGAACUCUGUAGAGCCUGUACYUAUGUUGGCUGAAAAUGCACCUGUCUUUUCUUUAAUAUCUGAAAAUCUUAAAACUGUGAAAGAUGAAAAUUCUAACCCAAUGACAAUAAAUAAAGAUUUGGAUUAUCACACUCGGAUUUCUGCAGAGAUUCUGGCACCUUCUAGUCCAUCUGUACCACGUAAGUCAUGUGAUAAUCAUGUAAAUCCUUCCUGUUUGAAGGAUGAAGGAAAACCGUUAAAUGUGGAAGACGGUGAAGUCAUGCCCUAUAAUACUGAUACUCUCUGUCAAGAAGACCUAUCAAAUAAUACCAAAAAUAAUAAUAUUGGAAACAAUCCAUGUUAUGGUGCUGCAUUGGAAAUGGAGUGUGAGGGACAAAUAAAACCUGGAAUGCUAAUUAAUUCUGAAGUAACUUUAGGUAGUGUUGGUAGAGACAAAUGUUAUGAUCAGGAAGAUAGGAAAAAAAAUUUGCAAAAUCAGUUACCUGUUUUAAAACAAGAUGAAGAUUUAUUGGAAAACAGACAAGAAUUUAAUCAUUUUCAGAGCUGUAAAGAUGUUACUGAGGAAAUUACCUUAGCUUCUGUUGCUACUUCAGAUUGUACAAGUCAGGAUAGUCUCUUGGGAGAUGGCUCCUCUCCUACACAAACUGUAGAACAAGCCUUAGAGACACCUGACUCUUUGGAUUCUUUAGAUGUAAAUGAGGUUUUAGAAUCUUUACAGUCCCAAAGUCCUCAAAAACUUUUGCCUCCAGAUAAACCUGCUGACAGUGGUUAUGAAACAGAGAACCUGGAGUCUCCAGAGUGGACUUCCCAUAUCACGGUUGAGGACGCAUCUAAUGCAGAUACUGCACUGGGUACUGUCAGUGACAGCAGUGUUAGUGCUUUAUCUCCUAAUCCAGUCAUAAUUGUUUCAGAAGUAGCUUGUGGGGAUGCAGUGAACAGCAAUUUUGAAAUAACUCCAAAGAUUUUUCUUAGUGGAAAUCAAAAUUCAUAUAGAGACUCUGCCUAUUUCUCUGAUAAUGAUUCUGAGACAGAUAAAAAAACAGAAGAGGCUGUAAAUCUAUCAAGAGAGGCCACAAAUGUUGUUUCUUCAAAUAGAGAAGAGAAUAAUGCUGAAGAUUACUGUUCUGAAGAGGUAGAGCAAAAGGAUGAACUAAGGAAUUACCAAGAUACUAAUAAUCAAAAUGCAAAAUUAGAACUAAAUCAUGAGCUAGAGAUGCAAGAGACAGAUGUAACAAUACAGGGGUGUCCUGACGARUGGGCUGAGGCAAUGAUGAAUUCCCUGAAAAAAUCAGUGGAGAGUAACUUCAGGAAUGAAAUAAAAUCAUCUAAUGUUUCCCACAAAAGUGUCUCUUGUGUUGGCACCAACACGUCUGAACUCCUUUCACACAGAGAAUUAAAGUCAGUACAUGACAUGCACUGCCCUUCAGAUGCAAGUAACAGUGAGAAGUCCUUUUAUCACCUUGAAGGUUCAAAACUGAAAGAACCAGACAUUGAAGGAAAAUAUCUUGGCAAACUUGAUGUUUCUGGAAUGCUUGAUAUAGAAGAUGGCGAYGAUGCAGAUGAAGAAGAUGAAAACAGUGAUUCCGAGGAUGAUAUGAGGACUUUUCAUAUGCACAGUUUGAGUUCUGACAGUGAAGAUGAAAUUAUUCAYCAGGUGCCUGAAAUACUUAGUGACAACGAUGAUGGGAAACAUCUGAGAAGCUUGUUGAAACUUCCAAACUCUCCUAAAAAUGAAAGUCAACUUGAGCACUGGAAAAGUGAGAAAAAGUCUGUGACAUUCUUCGAUGAUGUCACCGUCUAUCUAUUUGAUCAGGAAACACCGACUAAAGAGCUUGGAAACCGCAUGACAGACUUGACUAGCCAGGGCUCCCGCAGCACUCCUGUUCCGCCUUCAGGUUUUAACUACUUAAACCGAUUUACCAAUUCGGAGAGCUCAACAGAUGAGGAAGGUGGGGGAUUUGAAUGGGAUGAUGACUUCUCUUCCUCAGAGGCCUCUUUUAUAUCAAAGGCAGCUAAUAGCCUUAUUAGCUCUAAACCACCUCUUCAGUCAAAGUACUUCUCUCCACCUCCACCUACACGGACUCUCGAACAGAACUGGUCACAUUCAUCCCCUUAUUCUAGAUUCUCUAUAUCUCCUGCAAAUAUAGCAAGCCUUUCUCUCACACAUCUUACAGAUUCAGAUAUAGAGCAAGGAGGAAGCAGUGAAGACGGAGAAAAAGAUUAGAUGAAUGGAAGCUUCUUCUUGGGAUUGCAUAAACAUACACACUCUGUGUCAGAAACUUCUUUAUCUAAACUCUGGAUAUCCUGGAGUAAUGCAGGUAAUCAAGAAGUACUAAGAAAUGAAAGUAAACACUGAAAGCAAUGUUAAAUCAGGACAUUAAUUUGAAUGUGUAUUUAACUUUGUAAUGUAUUUUUAAAUCAGUGCAAUUUUGCUUUUCAUUGAAAGAUGAUUCUGCCGCUGUUUUCAAGUACUUGAAGUAUUUUUCAGAUAAUUUAAGAAAUAAGUAAAGCAAUUACACUACRGUCUGGUUUAUGUAUGAGAUUGUAUAAUAUUCUUUUUAUAUUUUUCCAUGUAGUUCAUUAUCUAUUUGAACAUUCACCUGUUGUAGACUUGUGUAUAACUGUCCUGUGCAACAGGUGGCUGUGUUGCUGAAACUGUAUGAAUGAUAGUUGGUCAGUAGUGAGCCAUAUUUAUUCAAGAAGAUAUCACUACAUAUUACUUUGCUUAUUACAAUUGCACUAUGGAUUAUUCUUCCUCUAUUUCUGGGUGAUGUACAGAAUUAAAAUCUUAAAUUUUUCAAGGAAAAUAAGACAAGUUGAAUUGGCCCAGUUAUCCAGUUUAAUUUGUCCUUUUUGUAGCCUUUGCUAUGCACGRUACUUGUAAAACAUACAUAACUUCUGAGUGUUAUGUUAGACUUGCUGAAAUCUUAUAUUCAGUACCAUUUCUAAAUGAUUAUCAGUUGCUAGUGUUCAUGUUUUAUAGGAAACUGGAAAGGAAUAUCUGAUAUACUCUGGAAUUAAUUUUUAGAUAAGAGAUGAUGUCUCUUCAUUCCUGAAUAUGAUCUUACUGACUGCUUAAAYAGUAAUAGCAUUUGACUCUGUCAUACUUUAAAGGCCUUCCAGUUUUCAGUACAAUUUGUGUUUUGGAGUGAAAAAAAAAUCUACAAAAAUGUAGAAAACUGUAUGUAAAUUAUAAAUACUUUAAAAUCAAAUUCUGCAGACUAGAUUUAGGCAUACUUGGCCCUUUGCUUGUUCAUUCUAUGGAUUUUGAAGCCCUCUUCUCUCCUCCUGACUGUAGUGUGGAACUGUCAUUGAGGCCUGUGGUAUAUCUACCUCUCAGUGAUUUUUAUUAUAAUGGAGAAUUAGAUUAAUGGUUGUUAAUUCAAGCAUUUGAAUAAAAUCUCCAUCCAAAGUGGUGGUCAGCUGGCGCUCAUGUUUCUUACCCUUUAUAAGCCAGACUGAUUUGAAGAGGUCUUCAGGGCUCCAUGGUGCAUCUUAAAACUGACACUGACCCAAAGAGACAAGAUAAAGUUUGUUUUGAAGUUUUCUGUAGACAAGGGAAUAUGUGUGUUUUCUCAUGUGUGUCUUUUUGGUUUGUUUUCUCUUACUUUACCUUACAUUUAGCUAAUUUAAUACUUUAAACUGUUUGAGAACUAUCUUUAAUUACUACCCCAAAGCAUAUUAAAUUAUGGAGCAAAUCUCUGGCCUCCUGGAAUACCUUAUGCAGCCACGGAUCUGUGGGGAGCACUGACAGGAAGGAUUUUUAAAGCAUUUUGUAUUUUGGUGACUUUUUGCCUGGCCUUCAGUGUAAUGCUAGUCUAGGUGCUCUGUGUUCAUAUGCAGUCAAGAAAGAAUUUUGACUACGCAAAGAUAGGGCUAGAUGCUUUCAGAUGUGUUAAGCUUCUGUGUUGUAUACUUCUAUAUGCUUUUUUUWAAGUAAGUUUUAAAAGACAGGACUAUAUUUUUUUUCCAGCAUUGUUUAGCCCUUAAGACUUAGAAUGGUUUCCAUACCAGUCAAAAGGGAAUGAUUUAGUUUAAGUUAUUUAAAAUUGCCAGUAUAUUAUUGAGAAUACUAGUUCAGAUGAAGCACUCGGGUUCAGAACUUGAUCAGAACUGUACUUCAGUAUGAAAUGAGGAACAGAAUUUUUCAUGGACUUCUCCCAAUGCACGAUUUACAAGUCAAAGCCAAGUAGCUCUUACCUGCUUACAGUAUGCACUGUAGAGAGCUUAAGCUGUGCAAUAUCUGUUGAAAUAUUACAGAAUAGACCUUGUGCACCAUGUAUUGCAGCUUACUAAUUCCAUAAUACUGACAUUAAAUUCCUUGGUAGUUCGAUUAAGGCAUCUCAUCUGUUUUCUGUAAUUCUCAUAUCAGAAAUGAAGUAGGAAAAUUAAAACUGAAGAAGGAAACUCUUUGGCCUGCAAAAUUGGCCUGCAAAGAAUGUGUGGGCUUACCUGCCUUACAUGAGGAGAAAAAUCUAAAGUACCAGACCAGAGUUCAACUUCAAUUUUGAAUUAUUAGAUUUGGCACACAUUUGAAGGUUAAAUAAAAACUUAUACACUUUAAGGUUACAAAUUCCAGCUAUGCUUUUUCUUUCUUGCAAUUCUGGAAAGUCACAUAUUUGAAUUUUUACUCCUUUGUCACAGUGGACUAACGACUGAGGAAUUGUCAAAGGAGUAUGUUUUCCAGAAUGGGUUGGAAUGUAUUUGAUAUUAAGCAAGGUAACAUCUUUCUUUAGCURUACAGUGAAGGAAGAUGAUAAAAGUUGACUCACCACACCUAAAGUAUGAAUUUUAAUUUUAGUAAUCCAGUAGGCUGGAUUGAAGUAACCUCAGAGGUCUUUUUUGAGGAAUACAUAGUUAAAAUCAGAUCAACUGCUGGCAAUAUCUAAGUAAAUUUCACUGAGCAGUCAGUUGCACAAUGAAAAUAAAUUAGUGAUUCCAACACAUCGCAGUUUAAUAAGGGAGUUUGUCCUGAGUCAUACAUUAUAUGUAAUUUCUUGCACUAGCUACUUAAGCAUGGUUUCUGUUUUUAGAAGUACAUGUAUCUAUUUUCAAUGGUUUAUAAUGAGGACUGGUUCCAUUUUAAUUCCUUCUCCAGUAGAAAACCUGGAUUAUUCAAAUAUUAAAGGCAUUGUCUCAAUUUGGCUAGUAAAAUUAUUUAAAUAUGAACUGCUUUCCCACCUUAAGGAGGUUUGGUCUGUAGCCAGUUGAGUGAGAAGAGUGUUUGGUUUAAAUGGAAGCACCUGKACUCUCCCAAAUCCCAAACCUGCAGAUAAGUUGUGCAUAUAACUGCAUUUAUGGAAACUGCCAUUUCCAUGGAAACAAACUGAUUAAACAUUUUUCCAUAUCCUUGUUGAUGCACUAAUGAAAGCCAUUUAAGCCUCAUUCUUUUUAUCAGUAUUUUUAGCAGAUUUUUAUGUAAUACUAAAUCUCUUUCAGUGAGGAGGCUGGCUGGUAGGAAGACAUUUUUUAAUGAUUAAGCACUAUGCUAAAAUAUUUUGUCAGCAGUGUCAGGUGUUAGUGGCAUGGCUAUUUUU